AUGGCACAAGAUCCUUGGGCUAAAAGAGAAGCUUGGAGAUACACCGGUGCUUUCACCAGAGCUAACAGAUUCAAGGGUGCUUUCCCUGGAUUGGGCUUGGGUGUUGGAGCCUUUGCAGUUUACUGUAUUGCUGAACAAUUGUUCUUUCCUGCAGACCACGGCCACCACGCCCCAGCUGGUGAACACGCCAAAGAACAACACCACUAA